ACUCAGGUCAGUUAUAUCACAGUCCUUCACAGGGCACCUGGAUUUGCCCACCAGAUCUCCUCACCUCUUGCCGUUCACCUCCUGCUGUACAUACAAGGUCUCCCCGAUUCUCAUCUGCCCAUAAUCAUGGACACAGCCCCAGGAUGUGCAGGGUCGAGCUCCCACCCUCUUGGAGAUGCCUCUGAAGCUGCAUAGUCCUUUCCUGAUGCUUGUGCUCCCUUAGGGGGUCUCCAGGCCUCUUGGUGGGGUCUGGCCCCUGGAGAAGUGUGGUCGAGUGGAGGAUGGGGACCUGCAGUGGCCAUGAUCUGGACGCCCACAUCACAGGGAGUUUUGAGGGAUUGAGCCCACUUUAGCUUGGGUCUUAAAACCACCAUGGUGGAAUCCGCAGACUGGAGGCUCCCAGGGAAGGCAAACGCCCGGCCCUGCCCUGCCCCACGCCGCACCAUGACCCUCCUGCUGCUGCCCCUUCUGCUGGCCUCUCUGCUCGCGUCCUGCUCCUGUAACAAAGCCAACAAGCACAAGCCAUGGAUUGAGGCAGAGUACCAGGGUAUCGUCAUGGAGAACGACAACACAGUCCUCCUGAAUCCACCACUCUUUGCUUUAGACAAGGAUGCCCCACUGCGCUAUGCAGGUGAGAUCUGCGGCUUCCGGCUCCAUGGGUCCGGGGUGCCCUUUGAGGCUGUGAUCCUUGACAAGGCGACAGGAGAGGGGCUGAUCCGGGCCAAGGAGCCUAUGGACUGCGAGGCCCAGAAGGAACACACCUUCACCAUCCAGGCCUAUGACUGUGGCGAGGGCCCCGACGGGGCCAACACCAAGAAGUCCCACAAGGCCACUGUGCAUGUGCGGGUCAACGAUGUGAACGAGUUUGCCCCAGUGUUUGUGGAACGGCUGUACCGUGCGGCUGUAACAGAGGGGAAGCUGUACGAUCGCAUCCUGCGGGUGGAAGCCAUUGACGGUGAUUGUUCCCCCCAGUACAGCCAGAUCUGCUACUAUGAGAUUCUCACACCCAACACCCCUUUCCUCAUUGACAAUGACGGGAACAUUGAGAACACAGAGAAGCUGCAGUACAGUGGUGAGAGGCUCUAUAAGUUUACAGUGACGGCUUAUGACUGUGGGAAGAAGCGGGCAGCAGAUGAUGCUGAGGUGGAGAUUCAGGUGAAGCCCACCUGUAAACCCAGCUGGCAAGGCUGGAACAAAAGGAUCGAAUAUGCACCAGGUGCUGGGAGCUUGGCUUUGUUCCCUGGUAUCCGCCUGGAGACCUGUGAUGAACCACUCUGGAACAUUCAGGCCACCAUAGAGCUGCAGACCAGCCAUGUGGCCAAGGGCUGCGACCGUGACAACUACUCAGAGCGGGCGCUGCGGAAACUCUGCGGUGCUGCCACUGGGGAGGUGGAUCUGUUGCCCAUGCCUGGCCCCAAUGCCAACUGGACAGCAGGACUCUCGGUGCACUACAGCCAGGACAGCAGCCUGAUCUACUGGUUCAACGGCACCCAGGCAGUGCAGGUGCCCCUGGGUGGCCCCAGUGGGCUGGGCUCUGGGCCCCAGGACAGCCUCAGUGACCACUUCACCCUGUCCUUCUGGAUGAAGCAUGGCGUAACUCCUAACAAGGGCAAGAAGGAAGAGGAAACCAUCGUAUGUAACACUGUCCAGAAUGAGGACGGCUUCUCUCACUACUCGCUGACUGUCCAUGGCUGUAGGAUUGCCUUCCUCUACUGGCCCCUGCUUGAGAGUGCCCGCCCAGUCAAGUUCCUCUGGAAGCUGGAGCAGGUCUGUGAUGAUGAGUGGCACCACUACGCUCUGAACCUUGAGUUCCCCACAGUCACACUCUACACCGAUGGCAUCUCCUUCGACCCUGCCCUCAUCCAUGACAAUGGCCUCAUCCACCCACCCCGAAGGGAGCCUGCUCUCAUGAUUGGGGCCUGCUGGACUGAGGAGAAGAACAAAGAGAAGGAAAAGGGAGACAACAGUACAGACACCACCCAAGGAGACCCUUUGUCGAUCCAGCGCUACUUCCAUGGCUACCUGGCUGGUUUCAGCGUGCGCUCAGGUCGCCUGGAGAGCCGCGAGGUCAUCGAGUGCCUCUAUGCAUGUCGGGAGGGGCUGGACUAUAGGGAUUUCGAGAGCCUGGGCAAAGGCAUGAAGGUCCACGUGAACCCCUCACAGUCCCUGCUCACCCUGGAGGGGGAUGAUGUGGAGACCUUCAACCAUGCCCUGCAGCAUGUGGCUUACAUGAACACUCUGCGCUUUGCCACACCCGGCGUCAGGCCCCUGCGCCUCACCACUGCUGUCAAGUGCUUCAGUGAAGAGUCCUGCGUCUCCAUCCCUGAAGUGGAGGGCUAUGUGGUGGUCCUUCAGCCCGAUGCCCCCCAGAUCCUGCUGAGUGGCACUGCUCAUUUUGCCCGCCCAGCUGUGGACUUUGAGGGAACCGAGGGCGUCCCUUUGUUCCCUGAUCUUCAAAUCACCUGCUCCAUUUCUCACCAGGUGGAAGCCAAAAAGGAUGAGAGUUGGCAGGGCACAGUGACAGACACACGCAUGUCGGAUGAGAUUGUGCACAACCUGGAUGGCUGUGAAAUUUCUCUGGUGGGGGAUGACCUGGACCCCGAGCGGGAAAGCCUGCUCCUGGACACAACCUCUCUGCAGCAGCGGGGGCUGGAGCUCACCAACACAUCUGCCUACCUCACCAUUGCUGGGGUGGAGAGCAUCACUGUGUAUGAAGAGAUCCUGAGGCAGGCUCGUUAUCGGCUGCGACACGGAGCUGCCCUCUACGCCAGGAAGUUCCGGCUUUCCUGCUCAGAAAUGAAUGGCCGUUACUCCAGCAAUGAAUUCAUCGUGGAGGUCAAUGUCCUGCACAGCAUGAACCGGGUUGCCCACCCCAGCCACGUGCUCAGCUCCCAGCAGUUCCUGCACCGUGGUCACCAGCCCCCGCCUGAGAUGGCUGGACACAGCCUGGCCAGCUCCCACAGAAACUCCAUGAUACCCAGCGCCGCAACCCUCAUCAUUGUGGUGUGCGUGGGCUUCCUGGUGCUCAUGGUCGUCCUGGGCCUGGUGCGCAUCCAUUCCCUUCACCGCCGCGUCUCAGGGGCUGGCGGGCCUCCAGGGGCCUCCAGUGACCCCAAGGACCCGGACCUCUUCUGGGAUGACUCAGCUCUCACCAUCAUUGUGAACCCCAUGGAGUCCUACCAGAAUCGGCAGGCCUGUGUGACGGGGGCUGUUGGGGGCCAGCAGGAGGAUGAGGACAGCAGUGACUCGGAGGUGGCCGACUCCCCCAGCAGCGACGAGAGACGCAUCAUCGAGACCCCCCCACACCGCUACUAAGGCCUGCACCUCUCCCCACGCAGAGGGAGAAUUCUGCCCUGGUGAAACAGACACUCCAGACAUGGGAGAAGGACUUUCUGGGAGAACAGAAACCAAGAGGGAGAGAGGCUUCAGAAUCAGUCCUCCUUUCAUCUCAAAACCCCAGCGGGCCCUCUGGAGUCCGCCCUGCCCCUCCCCCGGCCCCCUAUCCCUUGCCUCUGGGCUGUCAUUCUCCUGGUGUGCCCCUUGCACUGGGGCUGGCUGGGUUGGAAAGUGGGCUGGACUUCAGCUGCCUUUCUACCCCCAAUGGCAGCUGCCCCCUUAGCACUCACUGUGUUGGGGAGAGGGUGACGAUUGCAAUGGCUGGGGCUGGGGCUGGGGGUGGGAUUGAAGGAAACCCUCUCCUCUCCCCUUCCCUUCUCUUUCCUGUCCAUAGGAAGCUUCUCCCCCUCUGCAGGCCUCCCUCAGCUGGGCCGUCGUCCCUGCUUCUCUUAUGAUCGCCCCACCUCAUUUCCAUUUCAGUCUGGGGACCCCGUUUCUCCCUCCUUUCCAACUUCCUUCCUUUCUUGUCCUGUUUCCCUUCCUGCCCUUGCAGUCCUGAGGUCCUGCAGCCCCGGCCCCUCCUCUGUGACCUGGUGUGGCCAGGCUGCAGGGACGGGAGGGGACGUGGGGGCCCCGGGUGUAUAUAUAUAAUGUAUAUUUUUUCAAUGUUGUCGUGAGUGCAGCCCCUGUGUUCCCGUGUGCAGCUCACAGCCUUGUGUGUGUGUGUGUGUGUGUGUGUGUGUGUGUGUGUGUGUGUGUAUGAGGCAUCGUCAUGUCCUGGGGCAGGGGUGGGGGGAUGGGUGUGGUGAGGGAGGGGACAUAUCCUAGGGUUUUCAAAUAAAACAAUCAGAAAAAAAAAAAA